ACGUUGUGACGUAGUUACGCACGUACGUGCAAUGUCACCCAUCAAACAACUUCCUACUUCCGGUUCGGUUUCGAGCUCUGUGCAGUGGUGGUUCAGAGGACCUGAGGGAGAACAUGUUGGCCUGGUUUCUGCUGCUGUGUGUGCAACUGAUGUUCAGCUGGAUCUGCGCGUCUGAACUCACCUUCGAGCUGCCAGACAACGCCAAGCAGUGCUUCUAUGAGGACAUCACCAUCGGCACCAAGUGCACGCUGGAGUUCCAGGUGGUCACCGGCGGUCACUAUGACGUGGACUGUCGUCUGGAGGAUCCGGAUGGGACGGUCCUCUAUAAAGAGAUGAAGAAGCAGUACGACAGCUUCACCUUCACCGCCUCCAGAAACGGCACGUUCAAGUUCUGCUUCAGCAACGAGUUCUCCACCUUCACGCACAAGACCGUGUACUUCGACUUCCAAGUCGGCGACGACCCUCCGCUUUUCCCCAACGAGAACCGAGUGACGGCUUUAACGCAGAUGGAAUCCGCCUGCGUCUCGAUUCAUGAGGCUCUGAAGUCUGUGAUCGACUAUCAGACGCACUUCCGUCUGCGAGAGGCUCAGGGCCGCAGUCGAGCGGAGGAUCUGAACACCAGAGUGGCCUUCUGGUCCAUCGGAGAGGCCUUCAUCCUGCUGGUGGUCAGCAUCAGUCAGGUGCUGCUUCUCAGGAGCUUCUUCUCAGACAAGAAAACCACUACAACCCGCGUGGGGUCAUAACCGGGUCGCAUCGAAGGGUUUUUAUACAAAGAAUGAGUUAUUUAAGCUUAAACACUUUGAGCUUGUUUUCUCUAGUCCUGUGUGUGAUCCUCAGCUCAUUUCAGUGCUGAAAUUUAAACUGGUUUAUUUAUUUUGUGGCUGUGUGUUGACUCUUUACAUGACGUGAAUGUGAACAUUAAAGCAUGUACAGACACUGUAGACCUGCUUGACACACCAGUGCAGUUUAUAUACGUCUGAUUGUAUCAUUAGUUCAUCCGUUCAGUCUUCAUAGAACCGCUAUGUGUUAUGAAUGCGAGAGAGCUGUAUUUGCUGUAUUAGGCAUCCUUGCUAAUGUUUCCUAGUCGUCGUUUUCGUUUCAUGACAUUUUUAUUAGAUGUUUCUUUUUAGUAGCGGUGCAUUGAUUUCUUUACUUUGUUUGAAUGGGUUAAUAAAUGUCCGGAGGAACGUC